GCAAAACAGUGAAAGUGUGGAUGCAGUGGACGUGAAGAAGUUGAGGAUUAAAAUUCGAACAAUGCCGCAUUUUAACAGAGACAGCAGGAAGACGUCAGAUGGUGGUGCUUCCCCACUGUGCCUUGGCAGCAGCUGCCCCAAGCUUUAGUGCGUCCCUCGGCAUGUAGUCCUGGACCUUGGAAUGUGCCAGCCUGCAACACUCAUUCGGGGUCCACUCCUUGUUCUGGAAGACCAACAAGUUUCGGGUAGACCAAACAGCAUCUUUCACCGAAUUGAGGCUCCUCCAGCCCCAGUUGAUGUUUGUCUUGGAGUUUAACCUGGGGAACAAACACACUAAUUGUGUCAACUCUUCAUUAGAGCUCUCCAAUCAAGUCACUCCCCUGAUUUCUCUCAUAAUCCUGCAUUUUUUCAUUCCCUUUUCAAGGCCAAGCGAGAGGAGUAACAAUCGUGGCAUUCAGGAGACAGGAACAUGAAUGAUUCCACCCACGGCCUUCGGCCCAGUCCUCCGAGCAAAGGCUGCACGUAUCAAGAGAAAUUCAAGAACAUUCUACUGCCCAUCACCUACUCAGUGGUCCUCGUACUUGGCCUGACUCUAAACCUGACGGUCAUUGUUCAGAUCUGGCUCUCUCAGAAGCCGUUGACCAGGAAUGCUAUUUACAUGGUUAACUUGGCCACAGCCGACAUCCUGUAUGUCUGCUCCCUACCGCUCCUGAUCUACAACUACAUUCACAUGGACUACUGGCCCUUUGGCGAGACCCUGUGCAAGGCCACCCGCUUCCUCUUCUACGCCAACCUACACGGGAGCAUCCUCUUCCUCACCUGCAUCAGCUUGCAACGGUACAUUGGCAUCUGCCACCCGCUGAGCACCUGGCAUAAGAAGCGGGGCGCUGGGUUUGCAUGGGCAGUCUGUGGCCUGAUUUGGACCUUUGUGGUGGUGGUGUGCGCUCCCACCUGGAAAUUUGCUUCCACCGGGAUCCAGCGCAACAGGACGGUGUGUUAUGACCUGAGCAGCCCCGAGCAGUCCCUUUAUUACUUCCCGUACGGGAUUACCCUGACGGUGCUAGGCUUUACCAUCCCAUUCGCGGGGCUGCUGGCAUGUUACUGUGCCAUGGCAAUGGAGCUCUCCAAACCUGACCAGGAGCUGGGCCACACCAUCCGCUGCAAAAAGAGCAAGGCCCUGAGGAUGAUUGUCAUCGUGGCCAUAGUCUUCAUCAUUAGCUUCUUGCCUUUCCAUCUGACUAAGACUGCCUAUCUCAUCAUCCGUGCUCAGAGCUCCGUCUCCUGCCUGAUGCAACAAGGCUUUGCCCGGGCCUACAAGGCCACGAGGCCACUGGCGAGCAUGAACAGCGUCAUGGACCCCAUUCUGUUCUACUUCACCCAUGAGAAGCUCAGGCAGAGCACACGCUUGCUGUUACAAAGGGUCAACACCAACCUGAAGGCCAGGGUGCACAAGAACGAGGAACGAUGAGUCCUGACCUCCCUCACC